AUGACUGCGCUGGUUCGGCUCGCCGGAAAAGCAGUUUCUUGGAGCAGGGGCGCCAGCGCCGCGGCGCCGCGCGGCCUCAGCCAGUUCUCUCCGCGCAGGAGCGCGUUCCAGGGUGCGAGGAUGGAGAACGCCGCCGGGGGCCGCGGCGCGCUCAUAGUCCUGGAAGGGCUGGACCGGAGCGGCAAGUCGUCGCAGUGCGCCCGGCUGCUGUCCUUCCUGCAAGGCAAAGGCUGCGCCGCCGAAGGGUGGAGGUUCCCCGACCGGGAGACCAGCGUCGGGAAGAUGAUCUCCGCGUACCUCGCCAACGAGUCGCAGCUCGACGACCGGACCAUCCACUUGCUCUUCAGCGCCAACCGCUGGGAGAAGAGAAGUUUGAUGGAGAGCAAGCUGCUUGGCGGAACUACACUCGUCGUCGACCGCUACUCUUAUUCCGGAGUGGCGUUUUCAGCUGCUAAAGGACUUGACAUUGAGUGGUGCAAGGCCCCUGAAGUUGGACUUCUAGCUCCUGAUCUUGUGAUAUAUCUUGAUGUACAACCAGAGAAAGCGGCUGAAAGAGGAGGCUAUGGGGGUGAAAGAUAUGAAAGAGUCGAGUUCCAAAAGAGCGUUGCUGAGCAUUACCAUUCACUCCGUGGUUCAACAUGGAAGGUUGUUGAUGGUUCCCUUCCCAUGGAGACCGUGGAAGGACAGAUAAGAGAGCUAGCCAUGAAUUGCAUUUCAGAAUGCCAGGAGAAGCAACUUACCAAUUUGGCCUGGUAGAGCUCACGCGGUGAAAUGCCAAACCACAUAGGCACAUCAGGACAACUCUCUUUAGUGUGUGAUUGACUGUUACUAUGGAUAGAGCUCUUAAGUGUGGUUGAUUGUUACUCUGGAUGAGAUUCAGCAUCUAGUAGCAUUUUCUUUGCCCAUUUAUGUAUUCCAACACAUGUGUGCAAAUGUUCAAUACAUAUAUGAGACGCUUAAUGCUUUGGGGUGCUUAUAAUGUUU